AUAAGGGUAUAUAUGUAAUUUAAACUUGAACCAAAGGUAAAGAAACCCUAUGAAUUGUAGUAUAUAUAAAGGGAAAAACCCUAGAGAGACACUUCCUUUUGACUCAGCCGUCCGUUUCACAUCAUUUGGAGUUGCAGCAGAGGAGGACGACAAUGGCCCCGAAGAAAGGAGUGAAGGUAGCUGCCAAGAAGAAGACGGAGAAAGUAACGAACCCUCUGUUCGAGAGGAGGCCUAAGCAAUUCGGUAUCGGAGGAGCUCUUCCUCCAAAGAAGGAUCUGACUCGCUACAUCAAAUGGCCUAAGUCAAUCCGUCUCCAAAGGCAGAAGCGUAUCCUUAAGCAGAGGCUCAAGGUCCCCCCGGCUUUGAACCAGUUCACCAAGACUCUUGACAAGAACCUUGCCACCCAGCUCUUCAAGGUUCUUAUGAAGUACAGACCAGAGGACAAGGCCGCCAAGAAGGAUCGUCUUCUCAAAAAGGCUCAAGCCGAGGCCGAGGGAAAGCCUUCUGAAUCCAAGAAGCCCAUUGUCGUCAAGUACGGACUCAACCACGUCACUUACCUCAUCGAGCAGAACAAGGCACAGCUUGUCGUCAUUGCGCACGAUGUUGACCCCAUCGAGUUGGUCGUCUGGUUGCCUGCUCUUUGCAGAAAGAUGGAAGUGCCUUACUGCAUUGUUAAAGGCAAAUCUCGUCUUGGAACGGUCGUUCACCAGAAGACUGCUGCUUGCUUGUGUUUGACAACUGUCAAGAACGAGGACAAGCUAGAGUUCAGCAAGAUCCUUGAGGCCAUCAAGGCAAACUUCAACGACAAGUACGAGGAGUACAGGAAGAAAUGGGGAGGAGGCAUCAUGGGAUCCAAAUCGCAGGCGAAGACAAAGGCCAAGGAAAGGGUUCUUGCGAAAGAGGCUGCCCAAAGGAUGAACUAAGAUGCAUAUCUUUUAUUAUUGUCUGUCAUUUGCUGGGAUUAUCGUAAAACUUGAUAGACCUCUUUUUUGUUUAGCUGUUGGAACUCUUGUUUUGUUUUUAUUAUGGAUGUUUUGAGCACUUUCUUCA